ACCCACAUCCAAAUGUUACAGAACUCUGGGGAGGGGAGGGUGUUUAGUGUUUUAUCUUUUGAUAGAUUUGAGGAACCCUAGAGAAGCUUGGGUCAUUGGGGAGUGGGGCAGGAGAGAGGAAGCAGGUAGUCUGUUGGGGCAGAUCAAGGCAGUGAGCACCUGAUGAUGGAGCCCACCAAAGCUACUUAAAAUCCAUGUAGGAGUGGAGCAGGAAUGAGAAAAGCUUUAGGAUGGCUGUGGGCCAGGUUGGAGAUGGACGGCCACACAUGGCACCUGUGUUUCGCCUUAAGAGAGAAUUCUUAAGGCUUUUGAAGUGAUUGACAUUUUCAAGCCUGUUGGCCACUUCCUUCAGGACAGUGACUGAAGGAAGGUGAAGUUACUGGGAAACAGUGUAAACCCAUGAAUUGGUAGCAUACUGCAAGGCCACUCCCCUGACUCUAGUCCAAAGGUGAGGACACGCCCCUCUUUCAGUGCCCAGCCCCUCCCCUCAUGGCUCUCCCUUACUAAGGCCCUCCGGUUCCAGCCUAAGAAACGCCUGAGCAGGGUAGGUAACUGAGUCCCAAACCGGUUUUCCCACCUUAGGGCUGGCCUAGUAACUUCCCAAUACCUGACAUAGACCAACCACCAAGUUCUCUUACCCUGGAAUGGAAGGGGGUGGGGGAUAUCCAAGUCAUCCUUUGUGCCUUAUUUGCCCCAGGUAUAGGCUAGGAAGGUGUGGGCCUUUUGGAUUUCUGACCCUAGGGGAUUACCUCCAAGCCUUGAAAGGCCUUUUGUAUUUCUGAUACUAGGGGGUUACCUCCAAGCCUUGAAAAUCCAUUGUUGUUUUUUAUGCAAAUUUUGUUUCUAUUUGUAUCCAAGUAGGGAUCUACCGAGGGCCUGUAGCAACCUAGGCAAGUGCCUCACCCUCACUGCUGAGCCACCUUUCCCCCUUGGAAGUUUUGAAACAGUCAAGCAGAGUUGUUGGGAUUGCAUUUGACAUCACCCCUUCCUCCAGUUGGAACUGUGGAGGAGAGGACCAGAAAGUCUAGCCUACCCACUGGGCCUGCUCUGGAGUAGGUAGGAGGCAGCAGUGGCAUUUUCUCUAGAUGUCCCUGAACAAUCCAGGUCCUUUAUCAAGUACCAAGGCAAAUCUCUUUGAUCUGUCCACUGCCAACAAGAACCUCUUACUGGUCUAUGGUUAACUCAAGCUGAUGCUAAUAAGGCUCUUUCUCCUUUCUUUCUUUCUUUCUUUCUUUCCCUCUUCCUCUCUUUCUCUUUCCUUUUUUUUCUCUCUCUUUUCUUUCUCUUUCCUUUCUCUCUCUCUCUCUCAUUUUUGUGCUAGGUCUCAAACAUUCAGAUGCCCUUAGGAGGUAACAAAAACCAUGAUGAUCAGGCAGAGAGGUUCAGUAAUGUGACCAGUGCCACACCAUUAGCCUGUUAGAAGCACACUAUCUCCUCAGGCCAGCUCUAGAAGUAUCCCUGUAGUACUUUGUAUUCCCCCACUUCGGAGGGUCCUGCGUUCCUAACCCUCCUGGCUGCAGAAGUCAAUUUCCAGUCCAUGAUAGAAUAGCCUGUCAGAGAGAGGUGAGGGGUGUGAUCGUUUCUGUGGUAGCUCCUGCUUUCAUGUGUACAGCCAACUUCCAGUCCCCCAAAUCAAUGAAAAUAUGGAAGGCUUACACUUUUUUUUUUCCAUUUUGUAAAUUUCUUGCCAAGUACACCAUUGGGACAAGUAGAUGAAAACUGUUGCCAUUUUACAAAGGAUGAUAUAUGGUUAAGGAAUUAAAUGACUUUGCCCAAGAACUGCUUUCCCUGGGAGUCUGGGUUACCUAUCAAAUGCCCCAGUAGAACACAUUGCUGGGAUGAGGAAAUAGCAACGAGCCUAGGCCUACAGAGCUUUUGGGAGGAAGCACUAUUAACCAGCCUAUCAGUGGCAGGAGAGAGGGCUUAGUGGUUAAGAUCACUGGCUGUGCUCCCAGAGGAGCCAGGUUUGGUUCCUGGCACCCAUAUGGUGGCUCACAACUAUCCAAAACGACAGUUCCAGGGGAUCCCUGUCCUCUGCAGGAACCUGGCACACGUGGUACACAGAUAAAACACUCGUACACAUACAAAAAUAAAAUAGUAUUUUCAAAAUAGACAACUUAUCACACAGCCUUGGUAGGUAUGGGAUUAGCAGAGCGCUGCCUACCCACUACCCCCUUCCCCACACACGACACUGACUUGCCUGGUGAUGCCGCUAUGCCGCUGCAUUUAGAGCUGAUGGUUAAGUGGCGCAGGAGGGGAAUGAGUUCUGGGGACAGUUUAUUUUGGCAAAGUGCAGAAUGGGUCAGUGUUUGUUCAGCAAAUGGUGUGGGAAGAUAGGUAAUACCUUCUUGGGGUAAAAGGAAGACAAGUGCAGCUAACUGCCCUUUCAAAGCUGGAGCCCAGGGGACGGUAACAUGGAAAAACUACAACUCCCAGAAGUCUCUGUUUCCAGGCAAAUAGCGACGGUUGCUAUGGUUUCGGAAAACAAUAUGGCUGCUCCCAGACGGGAUUUGAGUCUCUGUGGAGCAGGGACCUAAACCUAGAUCUGAAAGUUGUCAGUGGGGAGAGGAGGUACUUAAAGGGUCCUGGGGCUGACAGCGGACUCUGUCGGAAACGGUGAAGCUUUUCCCUGGAACCAAUGGCAAGCACCGUGGAUGAGGAGGCUCUGCACCAGCUGUACCUGUGGGUGGACAACAUACCCCUGUCCCGACCCAAGAGAAACCUCUCCCGGGACUUCAGUGACGGAGUCCUGGUUGCAGAGCUUAUCAAGUUUUACUUCCCCAAGAUGGUGGAGAUGCACAAUUAUGUCCCGGCCAACUCUCUCCAGCAGAAGCUCAGCAACUGGGGUCACCUGAACAGAAAGGUGCUGAACAAGCUGAACUUCUCUGUCCCCGACGACGUGAUGCGGAAGAUUGCGCAGUGUACUCCGGGGGUCGUGGAGCUGGUGCUCAUUCCGCUGAGGCAGCGCCUGGAGGAGAGGCAGAGGCGUCAGAAACUGGGUGCUGGCUCCUUACAGGAGCUGGCUCCUCAGGAUAGCAGUGGCUACAUGGAUAUGGGUCUGUCCCAGAAGGCUCGCGGAGACGGUGCCCCGGCCCUGGGAGGAGAGCAGCUCAGAGGGGGCCGGCCACCGGUGCCCCGACCCCCUGGGUAUAACCAGGCGCUGCAGGGCGAUCCGAGCGUCAUCCUCCAGAUCGCUGAAAAGGAGCAGGAGCUGCUGGCCUCACAAGAGACGGUGCAGGUCCUGCAGAUGAAGGUGAAGCGUCUGGAACACUUGCUCCAGCUCAAGAACGUGCGCAUCGAUGACCUCUCCCGGCGGCUCCAGCAGGCGGAGCGCAAGCAGCGGAGAAAGGACCACUUCCCACAGCCCAGAAAACCAGUACGAACACGUGGCAUAAUUUCCCAAACCAUGUCCACUUUGACGCUUCCGGCGCUGGGCCUGGAGAAGCCGACCUUGGGUAGGCUCCACACCAGUAGAAGCGGUUCCCUCCUCAGCUUAGAAGAUAGCCCCGGCUCCAUCCAAGCUAGUUCUCCACGGCCUCGGACACGCGAGAAGCCACCCUCGGAAGCUGAGGAGUUCUCUCGCCCCUCUUGUGGGCCGGCAUGGGACCCAUCUCGGGGCUGGAGACCACAGAAGCUGGAGAGGAAGGGAUAAGCGGAGGAGUAAGGGCGGCAUCCAGCUGUGCAAUCACCCUCCUCUCUGGGAGCGUUGUAAGGAGGGCCUGGUGAAGACAUGGCAGCGUUGUCUCCAUUAAAGGUGGUGUUGCACCUUC